AUGCGUUUCACCGUCGCCAUUUUUUCCCUCCUUGCAGCUGUCGCUAUUGCGGCUCCAAUCACUACCCAUGAACGAACGGAUACCGCUCCUGCCAUGACGACCACGCAAGGCGACGUCGUACCUUUCAACUCGGCUGACGUUAACGUCGCCCAGAACUAG